CGAAGGAUAGAAGAAAUGUAAAAAGUAAAGGACAGAGAGGGAUUCGCAAGUGGCGUUUUAUUUUAAUGAUCGUCCGUGGCAACCCCCUGCGGCGGUGGUAACUCUUGUCGCCCGAAAGUGGUGACCCGAGAGAGCUGUCAUAUUUUGACGUCCGCAGCGGGCGUCGUAUGAGAGAAGGGAGGGAAGAGAAGAGAAAGAGGAGAAGAGGGUUGAGAUUAUUUUUCAUGGCAUUACGCUGCUCUCGAGGUAGUGGGCUGAGUCGAAUUCCCAAGAAGGGAGAGGGUAACGAGGGGAAAAGCCCUAAUGGCUCGACGACGAAUUUACGUAAGCUUUUAUCAACGCUCUCGGUAUCCUCCCUCCCCUUGACUCGUCAUCAAGAACGGAAGAGACUGCGGUUUCUCGGUGACUCUCGUCAUAUCAAAAUCCCUCUUUGCUUUCUUCGAAAUGUGACGUAGGAUAUCUUAGAAGAACGUCGACGAAAUUCUUGUGUAUCUAAUUCAACAAAUUAUCCUACCAAUUCAUCAUCCGUGAAUGAUAAAAAAGAAAAAUCGCAGGAUGCAUAUUAGCGAUAAAAAUGAUCGUUACGUCCAAAAUAAAGAACCACGAGGUGUCUCGAACAUUUUCGCCGGCGAAAUGAACGAAAUGGGGAGGGGACUGAGAGAGAGAGAGAGAGAAAGCGGUUAAGCAUUGAUUGCAAGCCAUCAUAUCGUGACGAGCGUCGACACGAGCGUCGACGGACAGGCCCAGGAGGAGGGUAGAAAACGGGGUGGUUCGGGGAGCACGACCAGUACGCUUGUCGUUUCUCGCAUCAGCCAUAUCGCACCCUCGACAUCAUCGCCACCGCUAUCGUUCGUCCUUCUCGUUCUCGCCGUUUCGGAGUAACGCUUUUCCCCUUCCGCGUGCGCGCGCGUCGGCUUCCAGUCGCGCAACGCAAAUUGACGUCUGCAGACACGAGCUCGAGGUAGCUAGCUAGCUAGCUAGCUAGCUCGAGUGGCAAACGAGAGUGACGAGCGUUACGAAUCCGCGACUCGCUUAACAUUUCCAUUGUGAGCCCUUUCUCCCCUUCUCCCUCCUCCUCUUUUUCUCUCUCUCUCUCUCUCUCUCUCUCUCUCUCUCUCUCUCUCUCUCUCUCAUCGUUCGAUUGUGAGUCCCCGACACUCGCAAAUGCCGCGGCGAAAGGAAGCGAAAUUGAAAAGGGACUUGAAAAGGGAAAGAGAAACGGCGCAUAACAUCGGACUAAACUUCUCUCUUCGUUAGGCGCGUGUCUGCAAUUGUGUUCCGUGCCUUUAUACAAUUCCUGACAACGUCGAAGGAAUACCGCAUAUCUAAUGUCGAUGAUCGUUCUUUAACACGAGGCAGGGAACAUAGCAUUUGCCACAAUUAUCUACGGUUCCUUAUCUUAGAUAAGCUCCAUCUAUUAACGCCAUUAAGACAGGAAACGAAUCAAUCGACGCAACGAAUAAUACCUUCUCUUACUCGAGCGACGAUUAGAGAAAGAUAGAGAAGGCGAGAGAGAGAGAGAGAGAGAGAGAGAGAGGAAUCAAAGGAUCGGAUCCGCCCACGAGGCCGUCCAAAGGGAAACCACCCGUAAAAUCCAAAAGGGGUGCAGCAUAGCUCGAGCGGUGGCGGUGGCAGCGGCGGCGGCGACUCUGUGACGCGAUUAUGCUAACGAAGUUAUUCUAUUGUAGCGCUGUUUACAACGACGUGCGCAUUAAGGCUAUACCGGAACAAUAGCGCCGACGAUACUCUCUCACAGGGGAAUCCUCGGAAAUCGUGCCAACGUUAAUAUCGUACGCCUAUAUCGCUUCCAAGAGGAAAUUGCUACCGACCUCGUCGUCGUUCUCUUAACGAGACAAUGGCUCGUUUCGUGUUUAAAACAUUAAAAAGAAAAAAAAAGAAGAGAAAAAAAAUAAAAGAGAGAAAGGAAAAAAUUAGAUUGGAGACGAUCGCUCAUCCCUUCGACGUUAAUUCCUACCACAGCAAACCUAUUCAUGAACGAAACGAGGCAGGUAACAAUGAUCCAAAUCCAUUGAUUCGGAACGGAUUAAUCUUUUACACUUGGAUGCAUUAUAAAGAUUCCAAGUGAUGUUUUGCACGAUCCAUAUUAUCUUAUUUUUUACUUUACUCGCUAGUUAACAUUUAUAAGUAUAGAAGCCCGACCGUGUCGUCGUAUUUCUUAUCUUUCUUCAUCUUUUAAUAUUUACUUUCUCCGAUUAUUAUUCCAAUGGUGUUCCGAAUAUAAGCACGAGUAUUAAACCUACGCAAUAAUUCGUGCGCGUGACGCGCCAAUACAUCAUAUUGCAUCCCAAGUUCGAAAGUGCGAAUGAACUUUGCAGGAAAGAUUCGAAUUUAAACAAUAUACCAAAGAAGAGAGGGAGAAACGAAUGGUCUUACCUUCUCGCCUGGUUACCCUCUAUGGCUUGGGGCGCCACUUGACUCGUAUUUAACUUUCAAAUCUAAGUAUUUUAUGCCUUUUGCAUCUUAAUGUCCUUCUCAAUUCACGGCCUCCAUGGAACCUCUUUUUUUUCGCUUGCUUUUCACCCCCUUAUGUGUGUUCUCUCCACGAAAUCUAUACAUAUUUUCAUGGCUGUCGUCGUACAUUUCCCCGCUACAUAAAUUCACGCGUCGUCGGUGUUAUCGAUCGUUCGAACUUCGUUAGAGAAAUCUAUAAAAGAAAAGUAUCAAAGUAAGAAAAAGAUACUCGGUGUAGGAAUUGGAAUAAAACAUAAGUUGUAGGGAUCGACUGGUUUAACGAGAGAAAAAGCAAGAAGAAAAAUAUCGAGGACUCGUAUAGGACAGGAUCCUAUAAGUUGUUGUACCUAGUGCGUACCGACGCCACGUCGAUUCGAGACGCGAGUAAUUCAUGCUCCAACGAUCCUGGCAUUUAUGUGUCCAACGAAGCGUGGCGACGCUUCGACGGGAUUAUUUGUAGGAUCUCGCCGUAUACUCGACGUUUCCGCUGAAUCCUUUGUGUCGACGGCCCGUUACCGCGCCACGAAACGUUUCCAAGACGCAUUUUGGGGUGCGCUUAGAAGCGACUUUGAUUUUCGCGAUGAAUGGGACGAAAAGAAAAAGAGAGAUAAGGGAAUAGAUUCCUCCACGAAAUCGCGGAUGUGUUUGCGAAAGAAAAAAAAAAAAAGAAAAGAAAAAAAAAAAGUAUAAAUAGACAGCAGCAUCGAUGCACGGGGUCGUUUACUGUCGAUCGUUUACUUUUAUUAUAUCAAUUACAAUGAACGACGAGAUACGGAAGGACCAUAGGAUUGAUUAAGUGGAAAAUCGUUAUAUCGAAUCGUAUCGAUCGCGAUCUCAACGGGGUAACAAAUUAACAAACUUUAUCCAUAAAAAUAAUAAGCCGAAUAUAUCCGUUUUAGAAAAAGUUGAACGAGGCGAGUUUACUUUCUGAACUUUUCACAUCGUAAACGUGGAAACGCGCGUUGAAAUCGUCGCGGUUAUAUUCAUUUUCAUAAACGAGACCGACAGAUAGAAUCGGGAUCAUCGAGCGUGCGUGUAAUUGCUUUUUUCUUUCAUUCCUAUCGCAGAGAAAGCGAACGAAAGAGAGACGUAGAAGAUAUAUAGGGUCAUUCGGGGUUCUCCCGGUUGGUCGGGACACUUCAAAGCACGACAGUGGCGCAUUCGGAUGCACGGAGCAAGCCGACAGACGUCGUUCGUCUCGAGAACAGGAACGAACUUCGUACCAGAUAAUCUUCGUCUCGUCGUCGGCCCUCUGUACGAUACUCGUACAUGCUUUGCCUUCGACGAAAGGGGAAGAGAAAGAUGAGAGAGAGAGAGAGAGAGAGAGAGAGAGAGAGAGAGAGAGAGAAAAGUAGAGAGAACGUAAAUGGCAUUCUUCUAAUUUGUCGGCACGACUUUGUCGGCUAAUCAAUCGACUUCGUGAUUACCAUGCGCCACAGCGUUAAACAACGCGACCGCCUUCUCCUCGGUUUCACCGCGUACUUUUCUAUCUAUCUACGUAUCUGUUCCUCCGAACGAGCAAGGUGUACGCUCACGCACGCGUGUCACACGCACGUCAGGACUCGUGUCCACACGUGCGUCCUUCUCGAAGCGCCGCACCGUGUCGCCGACAUUCACGAUUUUUCCUUUUUCAUCGAACACACACGUGUCCAUAUACGCGUACCUUAUCCUCUUUCCCUGAUCUAAUUCCACGUUCUAAACAAGGGCCAUCUUGAUUUUCUCUCUGAUUUAAAAAUAUAUAUUCGAACGGAAGCAUCUAUUCGUUGAGAGAGUUUCCUAUGUAUUUUUCUCUUUUCCUUUUCUUUCUUUUUUCUUUAAAAAAGAAAAAAAAAAGAAAAAAGAGAGAAAAAAUAGAAAAAAAGAAAAGGUAAAUAUCGCCAACACACUUGUCGCGCGGACGCCACGACGGACAAAAAGUGGGAGGUAAUUUAUAGGAGGCUGGAUCGAGGAGCGUUGAAGACGUUAAACGGGCGUCCUGUCUAAAUCAAGUUAAUCGUACGCGACACGACUAAACGGGCUGCUAUCUUGGGACGAAGCUCGAGGUCGAGCAGCGUGCGAGGCUGAAACGGGACCGUGUUUUCGAUUACGCGUGAAAUGAAGGCGGCGAUGCGUGUGUCUUUUACGUUGAGCGAGAGAGAGAGAGAGAGAGAGAGAGAAACAGUAUCCGUAAAACCGUGCAAACUUACAAGAAACUAUGUAACGAUCCUUUUAGAAAAACGAUUACUUUUUGCACGCAUGAUUCCAUGAAGGAAGAUGAUUAUAAGGAUUGGUCAAAGUCAUAACCCUUUCGAUGUCAAAGAGUGUACGUUUGACUUUGUAGAUCGUUUUCUUCCUCCCUCUAAUCGACAUCGAUACUUUCGAUAUUAUUCUCGAUCUCGAGUAGCCGUACUCGCAAACGAUAGAAAUUUCUAUCGGAAGUAAGGCUCCAAGGAGGAGUAUCUCCCACAUUCAUAAUUCCGGUCGAGCUUAAGCGUGCGCUUCUGACACGAAGGUAGUGGAUGGCUCUCUCUCUCUCUCUCUCUCUCUCUCUCUCUUUCUCUCUAGUCUGUAUAUAUAUAUAUAUAUAUAUAUGUAGGUGCAUAGAUAAGCCAUGACGUCCCUCUUAAGCGUCGUGUAUAAUUUGUCCGGAACUACCGACAAAACGGAGGAGGGAGUCUUGGGCUAAUCCAUUACAAACGCGCCGGUAAACGUGCCGUCUCAUUUUCUCAACGCCCACCAAUUUGCUAACCAUCGAUUUCGUUCGUUCGCGGCACGCACUUGCCGCGUCACGCAAACGCGUCUGUCCCGUUCCCUUCGAUUCGCGAUUCCUCGUUUCUUUUUCCAUUUUUUUUUUUUUUUCUUUUUUCUUUCCAUUCUUUCUCCAUCUUUUUCGAGCAGCCAGCCACGUUGCUCGACAUUUCGACGUUGAUCGAUCGAAAAAAAUAGCGGAGGAAGAAAGAAAUGGUCGAAAACGUGUAAGACCGACCGAUCCCAUGGAUGUACAUGCACAUACAUAUAGAUAUACAUAUAAAUAUAUCACGUUUCCCGGUCGACGAAGCGGCAGGCAAUUAAAAGAUGCUCGACUCGGCUCGAAAAACGAACGAAGAACGUCGAGCAUAUCGCGGCUCCGAGAGUCGAGGCGUUUAAGAGUCGACGGUUUCCGUUCACACGUGCGUAACGACGCGCGUUGCGGGUCGCGCAAGGACGCCUCUGCCGCGAAAAACAAAGAAGCGGGUUUACCAAGAGCCUACUUCGGGACAGAGAGAGAAAGAGAGAGAGAGAGAGAGAGAGAGAGAGAGAGAGAGAGAGAGAGAGAGAGAGAGAAGAACAAGAUUUAAGGCCGUCUGAGCAUCCGUACGGACACGGUAUCGCGAACAAUUUUAGUUAUGAGCAAUGAUCAUCGAUUUCUCUUUCCUUUAAAAAUGGACGCGACUAACGUUGAAAAAAGGAAAAAAAGAAUACCAUCUGUUAUUCCAUUAAAUAACGAGCGCGUGUAAUAUACGGAGCAUACUGGUCGCGGGGUCUCAUCAAGGGAUACUUCGAAAUGUACCACUUGAAUCGAAUGAAUGAACGAGUUCGUCGAACUCUGGCGGGGUUUUUUUCUUUCCUUUUCCUUUCUGUUUAUUCCGGCGAGUCGAGUCGAUUCCAAGAAUUUUUAUAGGUCAAUGGAAUACCAUAUAUGGAGCGUCGCCGCGUAAACGUACUAUAUAGAGAUAUACGUUGUGUAAAACCGUAAGCGUGUUUACAUUGGUAAGCUAUUAUAGUUAGCACCACGAUUUAAGGACACGAGUCCUUACGUAAUUGAGGAACGAGUCGCGUUCGUUGAAACGAAUCAUCUUUCUCUCAUAAAGACAAUUUAUAAAGUUGAUUAAUUAUCCAAAAUUGACAAAGUUUUAAAGGAGAAAAAUUAUGGCGAAAGGAGGAUUGGUUCAAUGCCAAAAUAUAAAUCGUUGCGAGUUCGAUUAUACAGAUAUAGUUUGAUAUUAUGGAUGCAGUAUACGGUGGAAUAAAACAUUCGAUGUCGCUGUGCCACGACGUAAAUCAUAGGUCCUCUCGUACGAAGUAGACGAAUGAAAAGAAAGCAAAAGGAAGCUAUCUAAAAAUAGCAAAGAUCUCGAGUAGAAAUCUCUCGAUUCUCGCGAGAGAGGGACGUCAUGGUUAGGCGAGCAGACGCAACGAAUCCGUUUCGGUCGAGUUUUCCGCGAAUCUCAACUCGGAUAUUUAGGAAUUUGUGCUUUACAAUGCGUUAACUGGCAGUUUGACCAUCUAUGAAAACGCUCGCGUGCUCUCGAUGAAUUCUCGUUUCCGUUUCUUCGUCAGUUAAGCUGCAUAAGUUCGCUUCUUUUGUCGAAGACGUUUGCAUGCACCGUAAAACCUCUCUCCUCUUUAUCUCUGGUAACGCAUCGUAAAACCGUAUCCGCCGUACGCGGAAGUCGAAUGCUUUUCCUGCGCUUAAAAUGUCCGAUGUUACCGAAAGGUUCCACCUCGAAAAAUUAUUAUUCGUCUAGAUAUUUUUAGCGGAGGGCCUUUCUAUUUACUCGUGCGUUUUAUUUUUUCGGCCAGGAGACACGGUAGGAGACGUUGCGGCGACUCUUCAGCUCGAAAAUUCCCAGCCUGAUGUCUCUCUCUCUCUCUCUCGCUCUCUCUCUCUCUCUGCCCCCCCCCCUCCCCCUGCCUUUUGGUACGACGCCUUCGUUUAACUUUAGAUUCGGUUAAGCCCAAUUAGAGUCACGUCACGUUAACGAGCAUCGAAAUAACGUCGCCAUUAGCUCGAUGUUAGCGAUUAGUUUGGCUCGAAAACGAGCUAACAAGCUGGGGACUGGAUUAUAAUCUUCCUUCAAAUCGCAUUAAUCAAGUUUCGUAAUCGAAAAAGAAGUAUCUACAAUUAUCGUAUAAUUACGAGAAGAAGGCUGAUGGACGUAACGCCAACGCAAAUGCGAAUGGAGUUACGGGAUUGGGUGAUGUUUCGUACGUAUGAUGAGAGGACAUCAUCGUUAACGAGCCACGACGCUGUAGCCCACCGAACACGUUCUUCUCCCGCGUAUUUUUAUAGCUCUCACUCGCGAAAGACCAACGUGUUUCCCAUUAGCUCGAUCACCGAGGAAUUCUUAAGGAUGGAAAAUGAGGGGAUGAAAAUCGGUAAAAAGAGGAUAAAAUGAACGGACAAAUCGUGAAAAGGAAGUAUGAACGAUAUCGUUGAUAUCGUUGGGUUCGCGAAGGAGACGACCCUUGGAGGAUCGAGUUCACGGAGAAGGUUCAGACGAAGACGAGAUAUCUCGAGAAAAGUGCGAGAGAGCAGCAAGAUGGCGGAUAGGCACGAAUAGGCGGCGUCCCUACGACGUCGUUGGCUGUAGCGUUGGCCAAUGGUUGCGCGAGGAAGGCCUCGAAACGCCACGACCACUGCCAGUCGCGAGUUUGCCCGAGAAGCAGGGACGUUGAGAAGCCGGGACAAACACGAGGAGCGCGACGUCGGGGAGACAGGAAUUAAAAUGCGCCCGACGAGCUUCGCCAGUCACCCGUCGACUCGUGCCCGAUAAGGUCGAUGCACGUUACUUCUCCUCUCGUUGCUUCUUCUCUCUUCCUAUUUUCGCGUGGACUGUGACGUCGUCGUCGUCGUCGUCUCUCUCUCUCUCUCUCUCUCUCUCUCUCUCUCUCUCUCUCUUUCUCUCUCUCUCCCUCUGUGUAAAUAUAUCCAUCAAUGUGAUCGAGAGAUGCGAUGAAUUAACAUGUGUCAGGAUGAGGACAAGAGCUUCAAAGUUCUGUGUUGAGAUCCGUGAGAAAUAGGAGGAGGAAGGCAGAUAGAUCGUGCAUUCGAUGGAUCCAUGGAUUUAAUGGACGAACGAUAUUUGUGAUUCUUGAAGAGAAAUCGAGAAUCCUGUUGGAAGAUAAUUAAAAUGACGUUCGUUCGAUAGGUCGGACGAUGCAUUUUUUUCGGUGAAAAAGGUUAAAGGGAUUUUUUGAUCGAACAUGGACGUGGAUUCGAAUAUCGAAGAAACGGAGUUGGACGUUGGUUCAGCGAGCGACGAAUUGGAAACGUCGAUCGCCGAAUCUAAGAUCGCUCGACGUCCAACGCCAAAGCCAUUUACCAUCGAGAGUCUCAUAGGAAGUUGCACGGGUGCAAGAGGGAAUUGUACCGGUGACAUCGGUAUGUCGAAGAACGAAAAGACCAAUGGAAAUGAAGAAGGUAGUGAAAGGGAGAGAGAAUAUCUUUAUCAACGACAUUAUCUUGCGACGGCUGCGGCUGCUACUGCUUUGCCAUCAGGUUGGUCUCGAGUUUCAAACAUUUUAAAAGCAUUAAAUAAGGAUUGCAAAGCAAAGGAAUCGUUGAUUUUAGGUUUUGGUGUACCGUUGAGUUUGUACGGGGCUUGGCUACCUAUGCGAAUGUAUGGCGGCGGCGGCGGCGGCGGCGGCGGCGGCAGUGCUUCCGGCGUCCCAAUGUUACCGCCACAUUCCUCGGUCAGUUAUCCUUCUCAUCAGGAUUUGCACCAGAAUCGAUUAGCUCACCAUUUGGGAGCUGGUACGAAUCAUCUUCAGGGUGCGGCUUAUCCCAACAACAAUACCUUCCAUCGGUCUAUAAAUCAGCGUGGAUCUACCAGUUUCACGGACAGCGACGACGAAGGUAGCAUCGACUCACCGCCCUCUCCUGUUCACGAUCUCUCCAAAUCGAGACUAGGAUCAGAAAAUGGACGAGCCUCUGCCGAGAGCGAAGACGAAGGCGGAGGAACGAGCGGUACUGGCGAGGGACUCGAUACUACCGACGGCUCCGUCAACGGUACCAGAAGCAACGGUUCUCCCAAUGGACAAGGUCACGAAAGUGCCCGUGGAAAUUCCUCGUCUAAUUCGUCGUCCGGAAACAAAGCUCGUCGUAGACGAACUGCCUUCACGUCGGAACAACUUCUCGAGCUUGAACGGGAGUUCCACGCUAAGAAGUAUCUCAGUUUAACGGAGAGAUCGCACAUAGCGCAUGCCCUUAAGCUUUCCGAGGUCCAGGUCAAGAUCUGGUUUCAAAAUCGUCGAGCAAAGUGGAAGAGAGUCAAAGCUGGGCUCAAUGGCAGCGGAGGAAUCGGCUCGAACGCUUCGUCGAUGUCAAACUCGGGCGCAGCCGGUGGCCGUCACGGUGGAAGUACCGGACAACAUACCGGAAACGGUACGAGAAUCGUCGUACCAAUACCGGUUCACGUGAGUCGAUUGGCCGUGAGAUCGCAUCAUCAUCAUUUGGAGAAAUGUGCAAGACCAGCGCGCAUAAGAACGACUACGACAACGACGACGACGACGACUGCAACGUCUACGGCAGGAGCAGGGGGGGCGACUGUGAACGAAGUUUGUGCGACUUCGUCCUCCUCGAUUCUCGUUUCCGACGCUAUGGGUUUGGUGAGCUCCUCGAUGAACUUACCCAGUCAAUUGCAAAGUUCACCUUUGGCCGUAGGCGUUGGAAUCGGCGUAGGCGUCGGAUUAAGGGCCUUCAGCGUGCCAGCUCAUCGGGAUGGACUCAAUUCGGCUGGAAGGUAGUGAACGCUCGAAUCGCGAUCGCUAUCUAUCGCUCACAUCU